AUGGAUACGUCGUCGUCUACACGAUGCUCGUCUUCUUCGAGGAGACCGUCUCACGGGGCUCAUCCCUCUCAAAAAGAAACGCUCGACCCUAAUCUCGACAUCAACUUGCCCUACCGGACGCUCACCUCUGGCGCCCGCAUGGACGAGUACACGAUUCCAUCUCGCACGGGCGAAAUCCCGCUCGACCAGGCGCACAAGCUCGUCGCCUUUACGCCCGACGACCCGGGGAACCCCAAGAACUGGAGCAAGGCGUUCAAGUGGUACUGCACCAUGGUGGUGGCGCUGACGUGCUUCGUCGUGGCGCUGGCCUCGUCUGUCGUGACGGCCAACAUUCCCGGCGUGGCGGAGGAGUUUGGCACGAGCGAGGAGGUGGCCUUGCUGAGUAUUUCGCUGUUUGUGGUGGGCUUUGGUGUUGGGCCGAUGGUGUUUGCGCCGCUGAGCGAGAUUUACGGCCGAAGAAUUAUAUACGGAUCUACAUUGCUUAUUGCCGUCGUCUUCGUCAUCCCGUGCGCCGUGGCCAAGAACAUGGCCACGCUGCUCGUCUGCCGAACCAUUGACGGCAUUGCCUUUUCUGCGCCCAUGACGCUUGUAGGUGGAACGCUGGCGGAUUUAUGGAAGAACGAAGAGCGCGGCGUGCCCAUGGCCGCGUUUUCAGCGGCUCCCUUUAUCGGCCCUGCGAUCGGUCCCCUCAUCGGUGGUUACCUCUCUGAUGCCACCGGCUGGCGGUGGCUUUACUGGAUCCAGCUCAUCUUCGCAAGCGUGGUCUGGAUCCUCAUUACCUUCACCGUGCCCGAGACGUACGCGCCGACGAUCCUCGACCGCCGCGCCCGAAAGCUCCGCGCCUCCACCGGCGACAACUCCCACGUCACCGAGCAGGACCUGGACCUGCGGCCCAUGUCGGAGCGCCUACGCAUUUUUCUGGUCCGCCCUUUCCAGCUGCUCUUCCAGGAGCUCAUCGUCUUUCUCAUCUCGCUGUACAUGAGCGUCCUCUACGGCCUCUUGUACAUGUUCUUCGUGGCCUUUCCAAUCAUUUACCAAAAGGGCAAGGGGUACUCGGCCGGCAAGACGGGGUUGAUGUUCAUCCCCGUGGCGGUGGGCGUGCUGUGCUCUGCGCUUUGCUCGCCGCUCGUCAACAAGCACUACCUGACGCUUGUGAAGCGGCACAACGGCCGUCCGCCGGCCGAGGUGCGUCUGAUCCCCAUGAUGGCUUCGUGCUGGUUCAUACCCAUCGGCCUGUUCAUCUUUGCGUGGUCGUCGUAUCCGCAGUUGUCUUGGGCCGGGCCGGCCAUGGGCGGAUUCCCAGUCGGCUUCGGCUUCAUUUUCCUGUACAACUCGGCCAACAACUACCUGGUGGAUUCGUAUCAGCACCAGGCUGCCUCGGCGCUGGCGGCCAAGACGUUCAUCAGGAGUUUUUGGGGCGCUGGCGUGGUGCUGUUCACGGAGCAGAUGUACGAUCGGCUGGGCGAUCAGUGGGCCUCGUCGCUGCUCGCCUUCAUUAGCUUGGCCUGCUGUGCUAUUCCGUUCCUGUUCUGGAAAUAUGGUGCUAGAAUCCGCGCGAGAAGCAAGUAUGCGUAUGGAGGGGAGGAUGCCGAGGGCUCAGGGGUGGAUGAUGUCGAGAAGGCGAGGAAGGGCGAUGCGAACGGUGAGCAGGGUCUUGUACGGGAUGAUUUGGAGCAUGACGCCGAUUUGAGAAGAGCGAGGAGUUAUGUCAGCAACCCUUAA